CGUGCGUGCGGAAGAAAUAUAUCGUACGUCGAAAGAAAGAUAGAAACCGCAAACGUGGCCACGUCGCUCGCUAAUCGUGUCGACUUGAAUAAUUGCCGUUCAUCGUGAACAUAGUGCACCUCCUACAACAAUUUCCUUCCUAUUCAAUAUCACCCAUGAAUUAUCCUCAAUUAAUUAAUUAAGUGCAGUCGAGUGAUUAAAAAGACAAUAUGUUACAUCUCGCGUAGGCGUCAAAGAGGAAUAUAUGGUGCUCGUGAUGAUAAUAAAUACAUGUUCGAUAGUAAUUAUAACGGCCGAUAAUCCUCGAAUGAGCUGGUUUUCGAAGGCAAAAUUACAUAUAUAGUUGGAUCAAAUGUAAUCAAAGUGUUGUACGGACAUCGUUACUUGAUAAUUCUGUCGAAAUAAGCUGUUACACGCUCUUGAUGAAACGAUUAAUAAAACAAGACUAGAAUCGAUUAACGAAGCAGUUGAUGAGUUUUAGUUGACGAAACGUGUGAGGCGUUUGAUUAAACGGUAAAUAAAUUAGAGCGUCGAUGAAACGAGAUCACAAAAGGCGAUUUAAGAUAAAUAAAAGUCGCAUAAUAAAUUGCAGUUAAUAAAACGAGAUUAGAGAGCAAGAGAAUUAGCCCUGUUAAUGUGAUCGAAGACCGCAAUAAAGGAAGAGCAAAGGACGUGACAGAUCAAUCGAGUGUCGCAUGUUAUGUGUAAAAUGUCGAGGAAGUGCAAGAGCGCAUCUUCGCCGGUCGAGGAUUCCGUUUUCGAGCUACGUACGCGGAUGGCCCGGAUGCUAUCCAUCGUCGAGAUUACCUCGCAGAAGAAUAAUACGAUGGCGCGCCAGGAUGGCAGAGAUGCCGCGGAUCAGAACUUUGAUUACAUGUUCAAAUUGCUGAUAAUCGGCAAUUCAUCCGUUGGAAAAACCUCCUUCCUCUUUCGCUACGCAGAUGACUCCUUCACUUCGGCUUUCGUGUCGACCGUAGGGAUUGACUUUAAAGUGAAGACCGUCUUCAGACAUGAUAAAAGGGUCAAGUUACAGAUCUGGGACACGGCAGGUCAGGAGAGAUACAGAACGAUCACAACGGCCUAUUACAGAGGCGCAAUGGGCUUCAUCUUAAUGUACGAUAUCACAAACGAGGAGUCCUUUAAUUCAGUCCAAGAUUGGAUCACACAAAUAAAGAACUACUCGUGGGACAACGCCCAGGUUAUCCUCGUGGGCAACAAGUGCGAUAUGGAAGAAGAGAGGGUAAUUAGUUCCGAAAGAGGUAAACAGUUGGCGGAACAAUUAGGGGUACGAUUCUUUGAAACCUCAGCCAAGGAGAAUAUCAACGUUAAGGCGGUGUUCGAGACGCUGGUGGAUAUAAUAUGCGACAAGAUGAGCGAAUCUUUAGACAAUGAUCCGACUCUGAUGGCGGGCGGUAUGGGCCAGACCAAGGGUCAACGACUUACCGAUCAGCCGACCAAUCCAGCGAACGCUAACUGUAAUUGCUAAAAAAAAUGCGAUGACAUGCAGAAGGGAGAAAAAAUCCAGAGAGAUCGUAUGUGUGUGUUGCACGUGUGUGUUGCGUGUGUUAGACAGAGAGGAAAGGGAAAAAAGGAAGAAGUGUCGUGUGCGACGCUGGCGAGUUAACUAGUCCACUUACUUCAACGUUCCUUCGUUACGUUAUUUAUUUCGGAGGCCGCCUUUUUCGUUCUCUAUUUCCUUUCAUUCUUUCUCAGCGCGAAAUGAUAUGUAAAAUGAAUCUAAUGUAUGCUAUAAUUAUAUAUAUAAAUAUAUAUACACACACAUAACGAUUGUGAUCAUCGAGGUGCGACCAAAUUGGCCAAUGAUCGGCCGUGGUCCUCCUUUCGGUUCAUCCAUUUGAUAAGAGCCAGGGAUGGACUUCGAUAAGUUCAAAUUUCCAUGCCGCAGACACGCUGAUCAUUGCAUUUUCUUAUCAAAAAUAUACGUAACAUUAAUUAGGAUGGUUAUUAAUGAUAUCAGUUUACAGAUUGCUCCUUAGAUUAUUAUAAAGAUUGCUUAAAUUUAUUUCUUAUUUUCUUUUAAAGAAUCAAAGAAGGCAAAAGAUUUAAUCUUUGAAGCAACAAAAAUUAAGCUUGAAAUAUCUGUGCUUUUUUUCACAAUCUUUUCACAAACUUGAUUAAGAAGUUAACUUUAUAAAGGUAAAUUUUAAGAAAUAUCUUAAAUUUCACGUGUUUUAUGCUAAGAUUGUUAUGCACAUUACUGCGUGUGAAAUAUGUGUCUUUUAUUUAUUUAUUAAUUUAUACUAGACUUUCAUCGGGAUUAUUCUCGCGUAUCUGUUGCAUCGAGAUCUGAGCUCAACGAAAUAAUGCAGGUUUUGAUUUCUGUUAUGCGAAAAAGAGAGAUAGAAAAUUGCGCGAAGAAAAGAUAUUAGGAGUACGAAGAUACUCGAAGAUUAUAUUGUUUCGCGGUUGAUAAUAAUUAAUGACGACGAUCGUUAUAGCGGGAACAAUGUUGCUCACUCGAUGUUUGGCAUUAUAGAUUCAUGCAGAAAUAUCGGGCAUAACCGAAGGGAGUGACUCAAGUUUGUGCAUUAAGUAAAAUGCGCCCAAGAAAGUCUGACAAUAAGCGUCAAUCAUUCGAUAAAGUUACACAAAUUUAGAAUUGAUUAAUUGGAAAUGUAAUAGAAUCGAAUUAACCUUUUAGCUUCUUUUGUCUAACGCAGAUAAUGCAAAUAUAUGCGAAAUUUCGUUUUUUAAUAUCGCUUUAAAAAUGAAAUUGUGCGAAUUGUAAAAAAGUACCAUUUUAAAAAAUAUUCAUUUAAAUAUUUAGUCCUAUUUUAAAACAAUUUAUGUUUUAUUGUGGCUAAAAAUUGAAUGACAGAAACAAACGGUUAAACAUUUGCGACAAUCUCAGAAGAUGAAAGGUUAAAUGCAAAAGCAACAUAAGAUACGCGAGCAGUUGUUUUAACGAUUAUUACAUUAAUAUUCGUUGUAAUUCACGUGGAAACGAUUGAAUAAAUUUCACGUGAUCAAUCUAUAAUCGAAUACUCUAUAAAGGAAAAAAUUAUUAAUAAAAUAAAAUUAUAACAUAAAAAAAUAUAUUUCAAUGAUUUAAGGUAAAGUUACCUAAUAUGAGAGCAUUUUUGAAAAAUUAAUAGCAAACUAAAAUAAAUGUGUAAUUAAGCAAAAUCAUUGAAUUUUUAAUGGGAAGUAUUAAACGUUUACGUCUGACAUAAAAUAAAGAUAAAAU